AUGGACAGAAGUGAACACCAGGACACAGAGGAAAAAGGAGGCAGAAGGAAAGAGAGCGAUGCAGAAAAAGAUAAAGAAAUGAAGAACCAACUGAACAUUGAGGAAAAAGGCAAGACAGAGAUUAAAAAGAAUGAAAAAGAGAAGAAGAGUUGCAAGGCAGUAUGGCGGAGGGGGUCGUCACUGAGUGAAAGACUGGUCAUUAACGUAUCGGGGAUGCGCUAUGAAACCCAACUUCGCACCUUAGCCCAGUUUCCUGACUCCAUGCUCGGCGACCCACGAAGAAGGUCACGCUAUUUUGACCCAAUGCGAAAUGAACUCUUCUUGGACCGAAAUCGGGCCUGCUUUGACGCAAUACUCUACUUUUACCAGUCAGGAGGGAGGCUUCGGAGGCCCACCAACAUCCCCUUGGACAUUUUCAUGGAUGAGCUGAUGUUCUACGAGCUAGGGGAGGACAUCAUGAGCCGCUUCAAAGAGGAUGAAGGUUUUUCCAAAGAGGAAGAGAAGCCCUUGCCCGCGAAUGAAAUGCAGAAGAAACUGUGGAUGUUGUUUGAACACCCGGAGUCUUCAUCAGCUGCUCGUAUCAUCGCCAUCAUUAGCGUUAUGGUCAUUGUGGUGUCGAUUCUCAUCUUCUGCCUGGAGACAUUGCCGGAUUUCCGCAUUGAGAAGGAGACACACGAGCAGAAUUUCUACAAGGAUGACAGCCAAGCAAAGAACAUGUCUGAGAACAUGCCUGCACCCCUGAGUGUUUUCCAAGACCCCUUCUUCUUGGUGGAGACUGUGUGUAUCUGCUGGUUCUCUUUUGAGCUCAUCAUGCGUUUUGCCUGCUGUCCCAGCAAGAUACACUUCUUCAAAGAUGUCAUGAACAUCAUCGACUUUAGCGCCAUUUUGCCCUAUUUUGUCACUCUGGGAACGGAGCUGGCCCGGGACAGCGAGGUCAGUCCGACCACUUCUUUGGCCAUCAUCAGAGUCAUCCGACUUGUGAGGGUCUUCAGGAUCUUCAAGCUGUCCCGUCACUCCAAAGGCCUUCAGAUUCUGGGUCAGACGCUGAGGGCAAGCAUGCGUGAGCUGGGCCUUCUCAUUUUCUUCCUGUUCAUCGGCGUCAUCCUCUUCUCCAGCGCCAUCUACUUUGCAGAGGCCGACCACAACGACACAGCCUUCAUCAGCAUACCGCACGCCUUCUGGUGGGCUGUGGUCACCAUGACAACAGUGGGCUACGGUGACAUGUACCCUGUGACAGUGUGGGGUAAAUUGGUGGGCUCCAUGUGCGCCAUCGCAGGUGUGCUUACAAUUUCUUUGCCGGUUCCAGUCAUAGUCUCCAACUUUAGCUACUUCUACCAUCGUGAAACGGAGUGUGAGGAUCGAAGCCGGUAUGCACACAUCACAAGCUUGCUGUGGGAAGACGAGGAGGUGGAGGAAAUACAAGAGGAGAACCUGCAUCCAGAGGGGGAUUAUUACGCUAUUGGCGGGACCUACAACAAUUUGAAUGGUACUCUUAGCAGACCUGACAUGGAACAGAACUCUGAAUUAGGAGGAAAUAGUCUUCUAAGGGAACCACUUGUCACUCAGGUGUAA